AUGGUUGUGCGCGUGGAAUUCAGAUACAAGUGUCCAUUUGCAUUUCGCGGGAUUUACCAUCGAUGUGGCCGCCUUGGAGAGGAGGGUUACGAGUUCAUCGAUGAACUUGCGACACAUGCCGUGGGAGGAAGGGACGGAGGAACGAUGGCUCUGAAAGGAGUCUUCAAGGAACGACUUCUUCAGAUCGUUUCGGUGGCUACACAGGUGGCCAUAUCUCGGCGAGUGCAGAGGUACAAGCUCGCAUUGCGCGGGCGUCAAGACGCCGAAAACAGGCGAACAAGAUCGACCUCGGACCAGUCAACGCCAAUGAUAUGGGGAUGGAGUGUAGACGCAUCGUAGAACGCGUUUUCGUUUGAAGUUGGCGUCUUGUUUGAGAGUAGAUGUGACAGAUUUGCGUAGAAUAGGGUAAGAUGUUAUCAUGAACGGAGAUGAAAGGGCUUUUCCAACACGGAGAUGUAGCAUGGAUCAAAGCAUUUGUUGGAUUUCAGCUUUUACAAGCGGACAUCAACGCAGUAGUAUUUUAGCAAGCUUACGAACGCAUAUAGGAUACCAUCAGGAUUGUCAUUGGUAAGUUGAAGAGGAGAUACUUUUACGAUGUAAAUGACAGUAGAAAUAAGUCCUACAUAUGUUGUUGUACUUCGUAUUGGUUUAAUAUUCAUG